AGGUAGUAUUACUGACGGAUGGAUAAUUAUAUUUAGUCCGGGCCCAGACAACCAUUUAAAUACCGUAGACAUCUCUCUCGUCUCUCCCGGACCUCAUCUGUGAUGCAAAGAAAAGCUCUUCACUCGCAUGGCCAGCAGAUGAGAUUUUGCUUUACCCUGCUCACUUGCAUGUCAUGAGAUCUCCCUCUUCCAUCCCUCCUUUAAACAUAAACUGUUCCUUUCGCCAAGAUUCCCCCCCCGCCAUUCUUCAGCCUCAUUUUCCUCUCAUCUCUCGACAGGACCCUCACCCUCGCUGUCGCCCUCUUCCAUUCCGUCGUACACUCCGGUAGCCGCCUCUACAUUGCUAGCCCCGACACCGACAGCCCGUCAGCCCGUUACUUUACGCUCAGGACCGCAACAGGCACGCGCGCCAACCAUCCACUCAUCCCCAUCCCCGCCCGCCAUGUCGUCAAGCCAGUCCCCGACGGGGAGCGCAACGGCCGGCGCCUCGGAUCCCGAGACAACAACAUCCGGGACUAGCCGUUCAGCGGCCGUCCAGUCGGAACCACUACCGCCGCUCUCACCCGCCGACUUUCGCGUCUACAACCGCCUAGCGGAGAAGAUGGACUUUUUUCACGACAACUUCCGCAGAACCUGGACCACCCUCCACACAACCGCGACCUCCAACACGCGUCUCCACGGCAAGGCCCUCCGCUCCUUCAUCGACCAAAGCCUCUACUUCCUGCAGAUGCUGAAAGCCCACCACGACAUCGAGGAGACCUACGUCUUCCCCGUGCUCGCCCGCAAGAUGCCCCAAUUCCGCACCGGGGAGAAGAGCGACGACGCCGCCGCCGAGCUGCUGCGCCAGCACCGCGAGAUCCACCGCGGCAUGGACGCCCUCGAGACGUACCUCCGCGCUUGCCGCUCCGGGGAGGAGGAGGGGCUGGACAUGGCGCGGGUUCGCGAGCUGAUGGAUUCUUGGGGGACUGUGCUGUGGAGGCAUCUUGAUCAGGAGGUGGAGACGCUGGGGGCGGAGAAUAUGAGAAGGUACUGGACGUUGGAGGAGGUGAGGCGGCUACCCAUGUGA